AAAGAAACCAAAUGCCAGCCAGCAAGCUCCGCGAGUCAGUACAACGGCGUAUAAGCUUCGGUACGGACGCGUGUUCGGUCACUGUAUUUCAACUUUUUAAUUUUAACCCUUUAUAAACAUCACUCCACGCAACAUUUUAGCCACUUACUGCAUGUGCCAUCACGAUCGAGUGAGAAUUGAAAUAGUGAAGUUUCAGUGGGGUGAGAAAAACCUUAAUUGAUUUGCUUCAGAGUGAUACAAGUGGAAAUAAUUUAGUGAGUUUCUUUUUCAAUGUGUAAGAUGAUUUCGGUGAAAAGUGAGAUCGAUCGCUGAUCAGAAUAUGUUAACCGAGUGCCCCAUGGUUACCGGUCAAGUGUUGUGUGAUGAAGCGACAGGUUAGCGCGUGUUCUGGUGGUGCGUUUUUCCUUCGACGCCUGUGCGGACUCGUCCCACUGGCGGAUGACAACUCGGAAGCUUUCAACGGAAGGCCGAAUUGUGGAAGGUGUGUGGACAUUGUUAUUGUUGUUCCGGAGACCAAACUGACGGAACGAGCAUAAGAGGUCUGAGAGUCGACAAUGCGCGCGUGGCCGGUGCUACUGACGCUGAUCGCGGCGUUGCCUUCGAUCACGGGCGACCCAAACAGCCGGCGACUAACUUCAACUUUGAAAACUGCUGCUAGUCUUCCAAAUACUCAUUUAAAUAUUGCUGAAUCGACGAGAGAUCGUCAAGAAAAAACAAAACACUCAUUACCUAAGGAAUCUAAAACGAUAGUCGAAGAACAAAUAAUGACCAAAGAUCAUGAAUAUCAGUUGCCAGCGUCGCAGCUUUUAUUACAAGAGCAAGCUAAAUAUGCUCAACCCGUCGACCAGGAACACGAUAAAAAGAAAGUAGUGGCGCAAUUAGAAAAAAGUUUGUUGUCGUUAUUCGGCAUGCAAAAUAGGCCAAAACGGAAAAAUUCGCCCAUAAUUGUUCCUCCAGCAAUGAGAAAACUUUACGAGGAAGCGAUGAAGGCAAGAAACGAAAGAAUUGCAUCCGACAACGAUUUUGGCGGUUUGGGGGCGAAAAAAGGUCUACAUGCAAGUACUGCAAAUACUGUGCGCAGCUUUACACACACAGAUAGUCCAAUUGACAAUCGAUUUACUGGAAAACACAGAUUUCGGCUUUCUUUUAAUGUAUCAAGCAUUCCAUCUGAAGAAAGCUUAAAAGCGGCGGAGUUGUCAUUAUUUCAUAAGCAUUCAGGACAAAACCAGCGGGUACUGGUAUACGACCUGGUUCGCCCAGGAAUAAAAGGCAAACGCGAGCCUCUUCUAAGGUUAGUUGAUUCGAAACUACUAACGUCAAAAACAGGCGAGCAAGUGAGUCUUGAUGUGUAUCCUGCUGUAGAGCGAUGGAUCCAAAAUCCUUCUGAAAAUCAUGGACUGAUUGUGCAUGUUUCAAGUAAAGAGGAACACGGUUUACGGCUACGGCGGGAUACCGAAACCGACGUGAAUCAACCGACCUUACUGACAUACACCGAUGACGGCCGUGGUGAUACUAUGGCAAAUAUGAGACAGAAGCGAGCGGCGUCCUCCCAAAGACGCUCUCACAGGCGAAAAAACUCUCAAGAGAUCUGUCAGCGAAGGCCGCUGUACGUCGAUUUCUCCGACGUAGGGUGGACGGAUUGGAUAGUAGCGCCGCCGGGCUACGAUGCAUACUACUGUUAUGGAGAUUGCCCUUUUCCACUGGGCGAGCAUCUUAAUUCAACAAAUCACGCGAUAGUUCAGAACCUGGUGAACAGCGUGAAUCCCAGCGCGGUUCCAAAAGCUUGUUGCGUUCCAACGCAAUUAAGUUCGAUUUCGAUGCUGUAUCUCGAUGAAGAGAACAAAGUCGUGCUCAAGAAUUACCAGGACAUGGCCGUGGUUGGCUGUGGGUGUCGGUGAAACCGGUGGCCACAAAACCGAAUGAACAGUAUUGUGAUUGGAUUGUAUUUGUGAUGAAUUAUUAUUGACCAAUCGUGUGAGGACGAUAUGAUCUCAAGAAGCACAGCAAGGAAUCAAAUACAUGCAAUCGGCAGGACAUUCAGUGUAAUGAGAUAUUGAAGCCGAUUGCAUUGCUGGUUGAGCGUGCAAAUGUAUAGUUUCGGCAGCUGCAAAGAUAGGACGCACCGAGAUAUCGCGCACGGGGAGUAACUAGUUGAACAUGAAGGCAGAAUAAGUUCAUAGAUUUAGAUAAGUGAUG